AUGAGUUUCCUACAAGAUAUUGUCAAGGGAGUUUCCUUAAAGUCUACUCCUACUACCCAACAACAACAACAACAUACAGCCAAUCAUAAAGUAAAAGUCUAUUGCGAAACUGAUGAUGACUACAAUAGGCUUUUAUCGGAGACUUCCUUUGAUCACUACUAUCAAGCCAUUAAACAAUUUACCUUCCAAUCGGUGAGCUUGAAGAUUAGUGUUGAAGAAGCAAAGGCUUUGAUUGCUGAAUUUCAGGAUUUCUCUUCAAAUUUCAGAAGAACUCAAGAUACGGAACAAGCCAAUUCGGAGGACAAUGUUAUUCAAUAUGAGGAGUGGAAGAAUGUCAAUACUGAUGAUCAUGAGUUGAAUGAGAGAAGGGGGAUCUUGUUGAAUUUGUGCAAGAGAGUGGAUGAGUGUGCAGUUGAUUUGCCAAAUAGAGAGGAUGGAUUCUUCUGUAGAAUGGCAACUAUGAGUCCAAAGGAUGCUGCCACCAAUCGAUUGGGAUUUAUUUCUCUUGUGUGGAAACAUUAUAAUGAGCUGUUGAAAUUGGAGAAGGAGAUGAAUAUCGAUUUUAAAGAGCAAAUGAAUAGAAAUGUCUAUGCCUUGUAUAAGGCUUCAACUUCUGCUCUCAAAUUGAAUAAUGGAAUGGAUGCAGUUCAAUUAUUGGUGGAAUCUGAGAGAGCACAACAGGAGUUGAACAAGAUUGCUAGUGGUGUUUAUGGAGAUGCAACUAAAACGAAUGAAUUAAUUCUCAGAGAGUGGUGUACAUUUGAUGUAGCUCACGAAUUUAGAGCAUUUAUUUGUAAUAAGAAAUUGACAGGCAUUACUCAAUACAAUCCUUUUGUUUACUUUCCACAACUCAUCAAACAAAAGGAAGAUCUUCAACAAUUAAUGAGAAACUUUUUGGAAAAGGACAUUAUCAAUAAUCCAGCUAUUCAAGUUUCCAAUUUCAUUGUCGACAUUAUUAUUGUCCAAGAUAGGAAUGGAGAAAAACAAGUGAAAAUUGUGGAAUUGAAUCCAUUUGCUGAAUUUGCAGGAACUUGCCUAUUCACAUGGGAGAAUGAUAGAGAUAUUCUUGAAGGAAAGUCACCUAAUCAUCAAAUUGAAUUCAGGCUUGUCACUGCAUGUGUUCCUAAUUGUGAAAAGGAGAUGGGAAAUGAAUGGAAGGAUGCUUUAACUAAACUUACUAAGAAACAACAACAAUAA